AUGCAAGAUAUCCAAUUUAACAACUUUGUCAAAUUCGAUCGCUUCGACGCUUCAGAUACUGAAAGCAGCAAACGGAAAAAGGCUUCCCGCGCCUGUUUUCAUUGCCAAAAAGCACACUUGACUUGCGACGAUUCUCGACCAUGCCAAAGGUGUAUCAAACGAGGCCUUGCAGCCACAUGUACCGACGCCAUUCGCAAAAAAGCCAAGUAUCUGCAGGAUCAAGCAUCUGAAACCACCAACUCGGGAACUACGCCAACAGAGACAUUGUUUCCAAAUUCCUUUCCUGUGGAUCCAAUGGCUGAUCAAUCACAAUCAUCUUUGGGAACAAACUUUGUCGACACCAGCCAAUUCCUCAACCUAUCUUUGGCUGAUCUUCAAGAACUAGGCUUUGGAUCCGAAUCUGCAGGUUUAGAAUAUGGAUUCAUUGGCAACAUGUUACAAAACCCACUUGAACAACUCACGACCAGUAACCAAGCAAAUGAUACCAACGCACCUUCCAUGAAUCUCGACAAUGGUAACAAUAUCUUGUCCGUCACUACCACCACCACCACUCCUCCUACUACAACACAACAACAACAACAAUCCACACCAACCAGCACAGGUGAUCUUUCAGCCACCUUUUUACAAUUCUCAAAUGCACAACCCAACAUGGCAUCCUAUGUUUCCGCACCAGCAAUGACGACCAACAACAAUAAUAAUACCACCACAACCACCACUACGACUACCGCACCUCAAGGUUUAUCCGUAUUUCCCAUGCCAACCACGGUAGCAUUUGCACCAGGGGCCAAUCCAUUAGCGAAUGACAAGGAUGAAAAUGCAUCACCACAACAACAAUAUGCAGCUACGAUUGCAGCCACUCCGCCCAUGCAAAAAUCAUCACCCUCCCUUGCCGCUGUUGCACCUUCUUCACCUUCAUCCAUCUCAUCUCCUGGUAAACGUAGCAAUUCAAUCACAAGCACCAGUCGGCGGAAACAGAAUACACCCGAAUCCGUAUACCUUCAUGUCAAACGACCUUUUAACUAUGCCGAAGGAUUCCAUUAUUUGAUUGAAUACGUCAAGGAAAGGAUGAAUCGUGAGGAUUUAAUGCGAAUCAGUCGGGCGCUGGCAUUGUUUCGACCUUCGUUUUUGGCCCUUAUCAUGAACCUGACAGAGGAAGACUUGGUGUUUAUGGAGAAAUGCAUUCAACGCACACUUUUGGAAUAUGAAAAGCUCAUUAGUUUUUCCGGAACACCCACCGUGGUAUGGCGACGUACAGGCGAAGUUUGUCUCGUGGGAAAGGAGUUUCUUUUGUUAACACAAUGGCCAAGAGACACGCUGUUGAACAAAAAGACAUACAUUUACGAGUUGAUGGAUAAUCGGUCAGCAGUCGAAUACUGGGAAAAGUUCUCAACACAUGCCUUUGAUAAUACUGACAAGUCAUGCAUGUAUUCCUGUAUUUUGAAAACGCCACACCAAAAACCUGUUCCUUGUACAUUUUGUUUUACUAUCAAACGUGAUAUCUUUGAUCUACCAAGCGUCAUUGUAGGCAAUUUUCUUCCAAUAUUAAGCUAA